AUGUCUUUGAGACGACUUCUCAUCCAGGUCAAAAGGCAGGAACCACAAUUGAGACAGUUAACCAAUUUGGUUGCGCAAGCUUACCACACUUCGCAGGUGACUAGAAGGGGCGGAGCGAGCAAGUUACCUAGCACUCAAGGAGCAAGUACUCUAGGAAGUCAUCAGUCUAGUUACAUUGGUAGUCUAACUCGUAGAGUACGUGAUACUGAUAAAUCGAGUGCUGCUGCAUAUCUUAAGGAGCUCUAUUAUCUAAAUGAUCCAGAGGCAGUCAUUCAGUUGUUUGAGAGACAACCUUCUCUACAUUCUAACCCAUCUGCUCUUGCCGAAUAUGUGAAGGCUCUGGUUAAGGUUGAUAGGCUUGAGGAAAGUGAGCUGCUUAAGACAUUGCACAGAGGGAUCUCAGGCACUACUAACUCAUGGGUUGGGGAAGAAAGUAUUGAAGCACUUUCAGCUUUUAAAAAUACUGUGAGAUCUUCUAAAGGGAGAAUUCUUGGUACUGCAAGUGCUCCUAUACACAUGGUGACUGGUGAAGGUGGAAGUUUUAAGGAACAGUUAUGGCGCACUACCCGUGCUCUGGGUAUGGCUUUUCUCUUGAUUUCAGCUUUCGGGGCACUCAUUGAAGAUAAAGGAAUCGGUAAAGGGCUUGGUCUACAAGAAGAAGUGCAACCCAGUAUGGAAUCCAGUACAAAGUUUAGUGAUGUCAAGGGAGUUGAUGAGGCAAAAUCUGAACUUGAAGAAAUUGUUCAUUACCUUCGAGACCCUGAGCGCUUCACCUGUCUUGGUGGCAAGCUUCCAAAAGGGGUUUUACUUAUUGGCCCCCCAGGAACUGGUAAGACAAUGUUAGCAAGGGCCAUAGCUGGAGAAGCAGGUGUGCCGUUUUUCUCGUGCAGUGGCAGUGAAUUCGAAGAAAUGUUUGUUGGUGUUGGAGCCCGAAGAGUAAGAGAUCUUUUUGCUGCUGCAAAGAAGAGAUCACCAUCAAUAGUUUUCAUUGACGAGAUUGAUGCCAUUGGAGGAAGACGCAACCCGAAGGAUCAGCAAUAUAUGAGGAUGACAUUAAAUCAGUUACUUGUUGAACUUGAUGGCUUCAAACAGAAUGAGGGUAUUAUUGUGAUUGCUGCAACUAAUUUUCCAGAGUCGUUGGAUAAGGCACUGGUGAGACCUGGUCGGUUUGACUGUCAAAUUGUUGUACCCAAUCCUGAUGUCGAAGGGCGCAGGCAGAUCUUGGAAUCCCACAUGUCAAAGGUUCUCACGGCAGAUGAUGUUGAUCUGAUGAUAAUUGCAAGAGGAACUCCCGGAUUCUCAGGAGCUGAUCUUGCAAACUUAGUCAAUGUAGCUGCUCUCAGGGCUGCAAUGGAUGGUGCCAAAGCAGUGACAAUGGCUGAUCUUGAGCAUGCCAAGGACAAAAUUAUGAUGGGAAGUGAGCGAAAAUCAGCUGUUUUAUCUGAGGAAUCUCGGAAGCUGACAGCUUAUCACGAGGGUGGCCAUGCUCUCGUAGCCAUGCAUACUGAUGGCGCACUACCAGUUCACAAAGCGACCAUUGUUCCACGAGGGAUGACUCUCGGGAUGGUAGCCCAGUUGCCCGACAAGGACGAAACAAGUAUAUCACGUAAGCAGAUGCUUGCUCGUCUUGAUGUUUGCAUGGGUGGACGAGUUGCAGAAGAGCUCACCUUUGGAGAAAACGAAGUAACUUCUGGCGCAUCAAGUGAUCUCCAGCAAGCAACGAAACUUGCUAGAGCAAUGGUUACCAAGUAUGGCAUGAGUAAACAAGUCGGGGUCGUUACUCACGAUUACAAUGAUAAUGGUAAGAGCAUGAGCACCGAGACUCGGCUUCUCAUCGAGCAGGAAGUGAAAGAAUUCUUGGAAAGGGCAUAUAUUAAUGCCAAGACGAUUCUCACCACACAUGGUAAGGAGCUUCAUGCACUUGCCAGUGCUUUGCUCGAGCAUGAGACGCUUACAGGAAGUCAAAUAAAGGCCCUGCUUGCUCAGGUAAACUCUCAGCAGUUUCAACAGAAGCAGCAGCAUAUUGUAAACGUCCAAAGUAAUUCACAAUCCAAUGCUUUUCCUCCCUCGACACCCAAUUCAGCAGCAGCAGCAGCAGCAGCCGCAACCGCUGCAGCUAAAACAAAAGGCAUUGCUUCUGUAGGAUCUUAG